AUGAGAAGAAUGUUCGAACAUCAGCCGGACAAGGGCGGCGCGAGAGAGACGGCCAAACCACCAUCACACGACUUGCCAGCUUCCCCAAAUAUUACAUCUUCGAGCGGUGAUCCGUACACGGCGGCGCGCGAAGCUCUCGAUCGGGAUGGCUUCGUCGUUCUCUCGGCCUCUCUCUUCCCUUCAUUCGACUUGGAAGCCCUUCGAGCCGCUGCCUCACGAAUCACCGAGGCCACGCGAUCAGGCAAGUGGCCGUACAUGCGUACUUUGCCCAAGCAGUUCCCGCCGUGGCCACAAGAUCCCUCGGACGGCAUAUGGGGCGUGCAGCAUUUGCUUCAUCCGUCCAACCCAGACCACGUCAUAUUUGCAAAGUCGUAUUUUGACCGCGAAUUGCUCAAAUACGUCGCGGCAUUGAUAGGAUGCGGACAAGACGACCUGACUAUGGAACUGUAUAACAUGCUGGUACGGCCUGACAAGGACUUUAGUCUGCGGUGGCAUAGGGAUGAUAUCGCUGCGACAGCCACUGCAGAGGAAGAAAUGGAGCGGUUGCAGAAGCCAGGCCACCACGCUCAAUGGAACCUUGCACUGUACGAUGAUAGUAGUCUUGUACUCGUCCCCGGAUCGCACAAACGCGCACGUACAGAUACUGAGCGCAACGCGGAUCCAUACGAACCGAACAUGCCCGAUCAGAUUACCAUGAAGCUCAAGGCGGGCGAGGUGGCUUUUUACAACAACAACAUUUUUCACCGCGGCGUCUAUGAUUGUACCAAGGAGAGAAUGACACUACACGGUAGUAUUGGGACUACAUUGUCGGGCAGUCAACGAGCGAGGAAUGUGUUGCAACAUGGCGUGGGGAAGUGGGCCAAGGAAUACGACUUUGAGGGAUUUGAGCCCGACGUGGCCAAACUAGCAAUGAAGAUGCGAGACAACCUGGUAGAGAUGGGCAAGAAGAGUGGCGAGGUUGGCUUCUUUUCCAAGGAUGAAUGAGGCUACAGGCACUGCUGGUUUCCCUGGACUACCGGCUUCUCGGGGCUUGCCCAGCCGCCACGAGUAGGUGAGCUGAGAGUGGGUCUCUUUUUUUCUUCUUUACUAUUAGUAGCAUAUAAUUGCUCAGUACAUGGCUAUAAUAUGAACGGGGAAGCAUGCAAAACGCUCCACGUGGAAUGUCAGUGUUGUUUGUUUGCAAUAUCGGCAGAAGGGGCGGGACUACUCGACAUAACAAGUACCGCCGAG